GAGCGAACCCGUUCACCACCCAUCUAGGGGUCGCUGAUACCCAUUAUGUAAGCUACUGUGGAUCGUCAGACUCCAAGUCCGUUGCGUUAUUGACGGCACUUUCUUCUUCACUAACCACGAUGAGCUCGACAAUGGACUCGACGUCAGACCCACUACUGGCCCUACGCCAUGCGAUUAAAACCAAAUCUCCAAUAACGUAUGUCGCAAAUUCUGAGCCUACAACUUCCCUUCUCGCUUCAUCCCACAUCGUACUCUCCCCAACUCUCUCGCUUCCAAAAUCAACUCCAACGCGCUAUUCAAAACCUGGGACUUCUGCAUCUUCACCGUCCGACUUCUUUACCCUCGAAGCCGUGUAUUUAGCAUGGCUCCUCCGCGAUGCGCCUGUUGGAGAGUAUAUGAAACAGGCUCGAGAGAAUGGUCUUGCAGUGGGUUUCGUGAGCGUUACGGAGAGGAAGAGCAUUGUUGAAUGGCUGGAAGGCAAGGUAAAUGACUUGAAAAGAAUAGUGUCACUUGCAGCACCAGAGUCGACAACUCCUCCAGGCACACCUACCCACCCCGGUGCAUCCACUUUACCUUUAAUUACCCCGAAGCGCGCAGCACAUGCUGCAGACACCACCACCACUCCCUCAAAGCGACGUUACGUUGCCGAUCAACAAGAUGUUGAAGUUGUAAAACGGAUCAAGCAGAACGAAAUUGAAUUGCGGGACAGGAACACUGUACUACGAGGAACGAAACCGAACAAUUUCUCUGCCUUACGAGUUAUAUACUCUGAAAAAUUGAAGAAGCUCAAGGAUUCAAAAUCUGGGGCUGCUCCAGCUCCUGUGCCAUCUGCUGGCCUUGCCAUGCAAGUCCGCAAAGCUAAAAACAUGUACCCGAUCAUCAUGAUUUCCUCUUCUCCAACUGCCCUUAUAACUAUGCACAAUGUCAAGCGUUUCUUGCAAGAAUCUCUUUUUGAGUCUUCUACAUCGGCACGCGACCGUGCUGCAGCUGCUGGCAACUCCCGCGCUGAGGAUGUCAUUCACAUAGACAGGCGACGUGUACCGCCUUCCUCAUCCUCACAGCCCACCUCUUCGUCUCGCGGGGAGAUCCAACGGUACUUUGUAGUUGAUAGCACUGACGCGUUGCAGAAAUUUGGUGCAGACGCAUGGGAACGUGUUGUCUGUGUGAUGACCACCGGCCAAGCUUGGCAGUUCCGUCCAUAUCGGUGGAAUGAACCCCGAGCUCUGUUCCAUCACGUUAAAGGCGUGUAUGUUUCGUGGGCUAAUGACCCGCCAAACACAAAGAUCAAGGACUGGAAUGUUACUGAACUGAAGAUUGAUCCUCACAGACGACACAUUGACAAGUCUGUGGUGGCGCAUUUUUGGCAGCUCAUUGAUGACUGGACGAUCAUCAAUAAACCGUGGUUGAUCAAGUCAUGAUGUUUUGCUUUCGAUCCGUUUGUCGGUGGCAGCGAGCCAUUGAAAGGAGGGUCUGCUUUCGUUCUCAGUUUUGCGCUAUUUUGUGCCUCCAUCUACCGGAGACGCCCACUUAUGUAUCGGAAUCAUAUUUCUUGUACUCGACGUGACGUGUAAGGGCAAAGCUCAGCAUAUCAUCGGGGACAGGUAAAUCGCGG